AUUUCUAAAAAUAGUAAUUGGGUUUCUAAAUUUCUCAAUAUUUUUGUGAAAACUUCGCAACAUUUUUGUGAAAACUUCACAAAAUUCGUAUAGAAAUUCAGAAACUUCUCAUUCAAGAAAGAGCUUCCGUACCAUUAACAUGUCAUCCAUCAUUUUUCUCAAAUCUGCUCUUGAGCUUUUAAAGCCGGAUUAUAGAAAAAAGUGCCAGAAAACCUGGAUGGACUUCAUAGAACAUACUGGAUGAAACAGCGCUCAGACAAGAAGGAAACCAAGUUCCUAGUUCCUAACGAUGGGCCAGUAAAUUUUGCAGCUGUUAUUGAUGAUUAUCUGAACGUGAUUAAAAGUAGCCUUGGUCAUUUCACGGGUCGAGGAUUUUUUAAGGGUACUCCUGCUGCAUAUGCUGACCAGCCUAUGAGGAAAAAUCUUGUAAGUAAAGUGCCAUGUGAAAUGGCAACAGUUCUUGGUCUAGAUAAUCCAGUAUCUUUUACAUUUCAUUCUCUACGUCGCUCGUCCGCCACAGCAGCAGCUGACAACGGAGCAUCCGUUCAACAGCUUAUGGAAUUUUAUGGAUGGUCUAAUCCGAGCAUGCCUCAAGAAUAUGUAUCAUCAAGCAAAGCUUCUGUAAAAUCCAUGGCUGAUAAACUUCAAGGACCUUCUAAUCAAGUAGAAAAAACAGAGGUUAUGCGAAGUCAGAAUAGAGAAUAUUGAAAAGUGUUCCUUAGCUUCACCUCCUCGAACAUUUUCAUGGGAACAACUUUACAAUGUAAUUAUGUAAACCCGAAAAGAAUGAUGUAGUAUAAUAUAUUUGAUGACAGCUCAGUAAAGCUGUAUGUACAUGUUUUGAUCUUUCCUAGAUCAAAUAUUAAACUAGGUGUAGUUUACUAUUUUUAUUCAAAAUU